UCACUUGAGUUUCAUUCUCAAUUAAUUUUUCAUUAUUUCAUAACCUGUAGUAACUGAACACAUGGUGCUAUAUAUUUCUUUCGAUUGGAUUGCAUUAACUUAAAAACUUUCAUUCAAUAUUCUUGAAUAUUAUUGAAAAAAUCAUUAUUUAAAUCUAUUCAAAGUAAAUACAAUUGUUUUCAUUUCGAUAUUGACGUCAUAUAAAAAUAACAGGCAGUGAUCAUUCUGCUCCAUGUCCUACCUUGAAAAUGGACGCAAGUCAACUUAGUAGUACGUUCUGGAAGUUAAAAUACGUAUCGAAAGGAUAUUAAAUGAUCUUAAAUUGAGUUAAAAUUUAAUAGAAAGAAACAAUAAAUGAAAGAGUUUUAAUAUACCCCGUUCAUAUUACAUUUAGUAGAUUUAAGACCGUAUAUUGCCCAAGUGGGGUUAUUUGUCGGUAUCUUUUCUGAACAAGGCAUCGUAACCUGCGAGCUGCUCGUCCCAUAGCUGUCUGGUAGUUUAAGGAAUUACUUUGAAAUGUCGAUCCCUGAUAUAUUUAAAAGGGAAAAUGCCCAGCUAUGAUGGAAAAGAACAAAGUAAACCAUCUAAACAAGAAAAAAUUCAAGAUUCGAAGAUGGAAAAAAGUGAACGCAAGAAGAAGUAUCGUGAUUCAGAAAAAAAGCUGAAAAAAAAGAAAAAAAGUUUAAAGGAUAAUAUGAAAAGUAGAUCCCAUAUCAAACCACUUGUUGAGUAUUCAGAUGUUAGUUCCGAAGAACUGUCUAGUCCAGAAGCUGGUGAAAUACAAAGUGAAGAUAGUCAUAGUGGUCAUUUAGAUUUUCAUCCAAAUUUAAUUCAUGGUAAGCCCUAUCCUUUCAGGCGUGUAUCCACAGAUUCUAGGGAUUCUUACACUACUCAAUCUCCAUCCCAUGACUCUAGGAGGCACUGGGAGAACAUUGAAAUUCAACUUCAAAGGCAUAGACUUUCUGGGUCACCAUCCUCUUAUAGUAGUAGGUCAGUCAAAGAGAAAAAAAAGAAAUCUAGCAAAAAACAUAGUCCAGGCCAUAGAAAAAAGAAGAAGAAAAGGUCUAAAAGUCAAGAAAGAAUCAAAUCUCCUAUUGAGGAAGAACUUUUAAAAAAUAGGCCAGAGUUGUUGCUUAAACUUUUGGACACUGAGUGUUAUGGUAGAUCUUUCCAAAAUGAUAGAUUUUUCAGUGAAGGUGUAAGGACGCCUAUUGAAUCCAAAAAUGGUCCCCCUUGUCCAAUACCAAUCUCUUCUCCCAAUUCUAUGUGCUUAGGUGCUAUAUCCCCUCAUACUCCACCGUUGGUUUCUAGAAAAAGAUUACCUGUAACACCGGAAGAACCCUUAGAAGAAGGAGAGAGACCUACUAGAAGUCCCACUCCUAAGCAAUCUCCUUCACCAAAGCCUGUUGGUAAAGAAGAAAUGAAAAAACAUAAAAGGCGGUCUGAUGAUAGACAUGGAACUAGCUCAAAGACGAGGUCUUGGAGGUCAAGGUCUCCAUCUUCAUCCCGUGUCCGGAGAAGAUCACAUUCUGCUGAAAGGGAUGAGCGACGGUGGAAAGAGAAAGAUUCCCCAAGCAGGAGGAGCCAUCAUGAUUCCCCUCAUUAUAGGAAGAGGAGAAAAGAAAGAGAGAGUAGUAAAGAAAGAAGAAGGGAUAGGACUCGAGAAAAACAUAAGAAGAGGAGACAUCACUCGAGAUCAAAAUCUAGGAGUCCUAUGAGAAUUCGGCGAUCAGUAUCUAGAGGCCACAGUUGGCGUCGAUCAAGAACUCCACGAGUAUCAAGAUCACCAAUCACACAUCCAAAGUCACCGAAUCAUAGACGUUCUUCAGUUAAGAGGCAUAUCAGCAAAUCACGUUCAAAAUCUCCGGCCACUCUGCGUCGUGUGAGAGCAUUCUCUGCAAAAGCUAAAAUGAGUGAAACGUCCCUCUUUGCUGAACUUGUUAAGGACAGGAACAUGAGGGAAUUGGCUAUGAAGAGAAUUGCCGAACUAUCUGAAAAAAAAGAGGAGGACGAAUUGCCACCUAUGCCUCCUGAACCAGAACCAAUUCUUGCUCCUACCAUAUAUUCCGACAACCCUGAUGACCUACCACCACUUCCGCCUGAAGAAGAGAUUCCUUGUGAUGAAAUCAAUGAAGUUGUGAUGGAGAUAGCUGAGCCUCCUGAAACCCGGACUCCUCCGUUAUUGCCUCCACCACCCAUUCCAGAACUUCCUCUACCACCAGAUGAAUUUGAUCUGUCAACAGUACCUCCACCACCUGUUCCUCCUGAUCUAGUACCUCUUGACUCCAAUAAGCCAAAGCUCUCUAAAUUACCACUCCCUCCUGGCAUUAAUCAAAAUGAUCUGGAAAGCAUCGAUUCACCUCCCAGUCGAUCACCUAGUCCUCCGAAACCAGUUACACCCAUGCCAGCUGCUAAGAAAAGCAUCAAGGAUCUACCACUUCCACCUGGUGUUUUGGGAGUAGAAGAUUUGACUGGAGAAGAUGAAACUACAAGUACACCACCGCAAGGAAAUAUGAACAAAAUGGCCAUGUUUAAUUUAUCUCAACCAACUCAUCAAAAUGCAUCUCCUUUGAGCUUGCCUAAGAACGCUUCACGGAGGGGUGUAAGUCGACUAGUGAGGCCUAAAAUAUUGCACAAGGGUAAAACUAGAACGAUACCUCCAGGAAGAACUUGGGGCGAGCGCUGUGUUGACAUGUUUGAAGUUAUUGCUCAUAUCGGAGAAGGAACUUAUGGUCAGGUGUAUAAGGCAAAGGAUAGGCAGUCAGGUGAACUAGUGGCAUUGAAAAAAGUUCGAUUAGAAAAUGAAAAAGAGGGUUUCCCUAUCACUGCAGUCAGGGAGAUUAAAAUUCUUCGACAGCUGAACCAUAAAAAUAUUGUUAAUUUGAGAGAGAUAGUCACAGACAAGCAAGAUGCACUCGACUUCAGGAAAGACAAAGGAUCUUUCUACCUUGUAUUUGAAUAUAUGGAUCAUGAUUUGAUGGGGCUAUUGGAGUCAGGCAUGGUCGAAUUUGAUGAAUUCCAUAAUGCCAGCAUCAUGAGGCAACUUCUCGAAGGUCUAAAUUAUUGCCACAAGAAGAACUUCCUUCACCGGGACAUAAAGUGUUCAAACAUUUUAAUGAAUAACAGGGGUGAAGUCAAGCUUGCUGAUUUUGGUCUUGCACGAUUAUAUAACGCAGAAGAUCGGCAACGACCUUAUACUAAUAAAGUCAUUACAUUAUGGUAUCGACCUCCUGAAUUACUUCUUGGAGAAGAAAGGUAUGGGCCUGCGAUUGACGUAUGGUCUUGUGGAUGCAUAUUGGGGGAGCUGUUCCUAAAGAAACCUCUUUUUCAGCAAGCAAACGAGAUGAUGCAAUUGGAAAUAAUUUCAAGGCUCUGCGGAACGCCUACUCCAGCCGCUUGGCCAUCAGUUACUGAGCUGCCAUAUUGGCAUUUGUUAAAGGCUAAGAAAGUUCAUCGACGGCGGCUUAGAGAGGAGUUCAUAUUCAUGCCCUCCUCAGCAUUGGAUCUAUUAGAUAAAAUGCUCGAACUUGAUCCUAACAAGAGGAUUACUGCUGAAGCCGCUCUUAAAUCAACUUGGCUUAAAAAUAUCAUUCCUGAAAAGAUGAUGCCUCCGCAAUUGCCAACGUGGCAGGAUUGUCAUGAACUUUGGAGUAAAAAACAGAGACGGCAAAUGAAAGAACAAGCUGAAAUACAGCAAGCUAUGAACAGGUCUCACAGGGAAGAUACGGAAAAUGCUGGCGGAUCACCUAACAAGCCAAGAAUAGAGCGCCCAUAUAAUGAUCUCAGCUCUUCGAAAGCUUUGAAAAUGGAAGCUGCUGGUUUAAACCCUCGUCGUGGAUACCGGCCACCAGUUGAUUCGCCAGCAACACCUCCUCCUAAAUCAAACAGUAACCCUACUAUGAAGGUUAACACUCCCCCUGAAGAUCCAGCUUCUAGACAGCUCAGUACUAUAGCUCAUGCGAUAGUCUCUGGGCAUCCCGUCAGAGCUCACCAGUUGCUGUCUCUGCAUGCCGAAAAAGAGACCGAUCCUAUAUCUCACCAAUUGAUUGAAGCCCUUCGAAGUGAAUUGAAAACUGCAGCUGCUCGGACAAGUAAUGGUACUGGAAAAUUAGACCCAAAGCAGCUUGUUUUCUUUGCUAAAGGAGGAGUAGGUGAGAGUGGAUUUGAUGCUCAUGCUGUGUACGCAGGGGACAACGCUGUGAGCGGUGGAGGAAAUGCGCCGAGAACAUAUUUAGCGACGGAAGCUGUUCGGAAUACGUUGGCUGCCCUCUUGACACGUUUUAAUCAUCAGGGUGCUGCUGCUAGUCUCCACCUCGACGAGGGUAAUUCACAACUAUCUCAUUAACCCACUUAUUAAUUUAUGUAUUUUCGGUAUCAGAUUAUUAGAAAUUUUUUUGUAAAUAGUGUAAAUAGUAGGAAUCCUUUUUUUUUUUUUUUUUUUUUUUUUUUCUUUUUUCUUUUAAUCUGUGAAGUUUACUUACUUUAUUAUGUUCACUAUUUUAAUAAAGUGAUAUAACCUGAUUCAGGUUAUCCUACUGCAAUGUUUAGUAUGUAAAUAUGGAAUAAGUAAUAAUGUAAGUUGGCACCGAUAAUUUUAAGUGAAAAAAAAGCAUAUUUUUGUUAGUUUUUAGUUAUUUUUCAUUUCAGGUAAUUUAAUCAAAUUAUAUAUUUUUUUCUUAUUACCUUAGACUGAUGGGAAGAAGGAAUAUAUUAAAAUAAAAGAUUACUUAUAAGUUUCUCAUAUUUAAAUGUCUGAUAACACUAGUUUUAUAUAUUGCAGCCCCAUUUUGGGCUACUCUAAUUAUGAUAGUUUAAUAUGUUAUAUAUGUAUAUUAAUUAAAAUAUUCUGUGAUUAUUGUAUAUAAUUUUGUUAGAUGUUUUUGCUAGUGUUUUUCAUUGUAUUUGGGAUGUAUAAAUGGGGACAAUAAUGUUAUUGUCCAUUAAUAGUUGUAGAAUAUAUUGUAUCAAAGUAUAAAUCUCCUUGUAUUUUUUUCUUUUCUUUCUUUUUUUUUCUAUUCUGGAGAAAUGUAAAUAUUGUAUUUUAUACUUGUUAUUUAAUGGUCUUAUUUCGAAAAUGAUUAUUUAUUUUGGAAACAGUUUUAUUUGUAAAAUAAAAAUAGAUUCUUCAUUAUUAAGUUGAGAAGAUGGAGUUCAUUUCAAAACAGAAAUCAAAUCAACCUCACAUUUUCUAAAAAUUUUAAUAGACACUUUUAUUACUGGAACGCAGAUAUGAAGUUAUUAUUGACCAUUGAGUAAAGACUUAUUUUCUUAAGCAACAUAGAUUAAAAUUAUAAAUAUUAAUACUGCACUGUUACUGAAGCAGAAAGCAAUUUUUAACAUUGAUGUUACAGAUAGCUGCAAUUUUUUUUUUUGAUAAAUAGGAAUCUGAACUAUUAUUAUUUGCUGUCAACUUGGGAUGGGGUUUCUUCCUUAUGUUAUGAUAAUAAUAUCAACAAUCACGUGGAUUGUAAUCUAUCAUGUAUAAACACUAGGUAAUUAUUAAUUAAUACUUUGAAGAAAGAUUUUUUUUUCUAUAAUUCACCAUAUAUGUCUGUUAUGUAAUUUUUUUUCUGUUUUUGGUUGUUAUUAAUUUUUCUCUUUUCGGUGAUUAUUUUUCACAAUUUGGGUAUAAUGAAUUCAUAUGAUAUUUUACCCUUUGUCUUCUUAAGCAAGAUCUAGGCUCUUUGAGUAUCUACAUAUAUAUACACUUCGCUCAUCACAUAUUUUCUUGAUAAAAAACUUAUAUUCUUGAAUAUUGAAAUUCUUUAUCACGGGAGUAAACUGUGACUAUUUACAAAGUUCAAAUUAAUGCACAUAUCUUAUUGGUUGGAUUUUGUCCAUUUGGUAUAUAAUGUAUAUAAAAUUUGUUAUGACAGUCGAAAUAUAUAACAGUCGUGGUGUCCUGUUGUACCUUUUUAUCCUGAGACUAAUCUAGACCAACCUUUUUUAGCCCGACUAGAAAGAUCGAGAUUCAUUCCAUGGAUCUACCAUGAAAUAAAUUGUAAUCCAUCCAGGCAGAAUUGAACUGGUGCCACUGCUGACUUGAGGUUGCUAAAUUGACGCCCACUAUGGUUUCAUUAAUAAUCUUUAAAAUAAUAACAAUUUUCGAUUAAUUUAAUUUUUUUGGGUUCAAUAAAUUAGACUAUCACAAAGACUAUCUUAAAGCAAUGUGAAGAGAGUAAGUUCUAGAAAUUUGAUUUUAAAUGAAGAAUACAAAGAUGAUUCCUGUGAUUGAGGUUGAAAUUAAAACAUUAAAGUAAUUCGAAGAAAUAAUUUAUGAUGAAUAUGAUUUUUUGGAUGUAUCGGUUGAAUUUUAAAUGUUAUACAGUGCAUUGGUUCUCUUUCACUUCUGCUGACAUUUAUCUCGAGGUUAUGGUACAAAGGGUUAAACAGCUACGGAAAAAAACAUUAUAAUUUAAGGGUUUGUGGUAGGGAUUUAUAUUUUAUAAGGAUUUCCUAGACUUAUUUUUAAUAUAACAUUGGAUUCCUUGUUUUGAUAAAAUAUUUAUCAAAUAUCUUUUAUGUCAUAUAUUGUUAGUUUUUAAAUUUUACUUGUGUAUAUGUGAAACUGAAAAUUAUGUUAUACCAAUGUUAUUAUCAUCAAUUACAAAAAAAAAGGUACAUUUUAAUGACUUUAAGAAGAUAUAAGAACUGCAAUGAUGUCAACAAGGAUUUGUGCAGAAGACUCAUCCAUCAAAAUAUAAUUGCCAUCAUAUUUAUUUUAUAUUGGUUUUGAGCAGAGAGAAGGGACAAAGCAGUCAUUUUGAGGUGAGCACUUUGAUGUUCAAGAAUCAAAUUUGAAGAUGAAGUAUUUUCUUUUCAUGUUAAUUAAUUUAAGAAGAUAUUGUUUUAGAAUAUUUAUUUUCCUUGAUGAAACUUAAACAUUAAUUUUAAAGUUUUAUUUUAUAAAGUUGCAAAAAAAAAAGUUAUAACUUAAUAACUUGAAUCUUUAGUCGAAGUUUUUUAAAAUCUAUUUUCUAUUAUUGUUGUAUGUAUAAAUUUAAUAUAGCUCUUAAAGAACAAAAUUUGCAGUUAUCCAUUAUUCUAACUGUCAUUUCAGUUAAAUGAUAGGUUUAUACUGGGGUAGAAGUGAAAAGAAGAUAAAAACCUAUUAAAUAUAUUAAUUUUUCAUUCAUCAAAUUUUUAAUUUAUGGAACAUUUCAUUCUAAAACCUGCCAAUGCCUCUUAUAUAAACUAUUUCUUAUUUCUCAACACAUUACUUAAGCUGAUAUAAACAGCUGUUUUCAAGUUGCAAUUUGCAUAAGUUAAUAAUAUAUAUCAAUGUUUUGAAUAUUUUUUAUAUAAUGUAAGUACUAAUACUUCAAAAUAUUUAAAUUAUACAAUAAUCCAGUUUAUUUAGUUUGCUAAAUAAUUUUCUCAGUUUUUUAUUAUCCUGUUUUUCUAAUUAUACUAAUUGUUAAAUUUAUUAAACAAAAAACAACAGAAGAAUAAAAUUAUCAUUGUUUAAAAGUUUUUUAAAAAUAUAUACUUUUUUUUAUGUUCAUGAAAUAAAUAUAGCGAAAUGUUUUAUUUUAUUUUUUAAUUAUAAAAUUUGUAGCUGGAAUAUGGUACCAGAAUUAUUUAAGUGUUUUGAAUAUUGGUAUAUUUAUAGUAAAAAAAAAAAAAGAAAUUCUCUGAUGAUAUUUUUUUUGUCAGUUUUAGGUUUUAACAACAUUAAAGCCAAUAAUAUAUACAAUUAUAAUUUAUUAAUUAUACAUUCCAUUGGCUUCUAUUCUAUACUUUUUUUCAUACAGGAAAUUAAUUAUUAAUUUUAAACGGCAAGCUUUAAUAGAGAAUUAUGAAGUUGUAAAGUUGGUAAAAUUGUAUAGAAGCCAAUAAAUCUGCCUAUUUAUUAUUAUUUAGGAAUUUUAAUUAUAUCCAUAUCAUUGUUACCUCCCAAAAGCUGACAUUUCAUUUGAUAUAACAAUAUAAAAAAUGGGCAGGUUUUGUUUUAAGCCCCAGGUAAAGUCAUCUGAUCUCGAGAAUCUUAACAAUUAUGUGAAAUAAUUUAUAAGAAGUUUCAUAAUUUUUCUUAUGAAACCAAGAACAUUUUUAGUGCCUUCUAUGCUGAACUAUCCUUCAAUGUCUGUUAUUGUAUUUAUUUUUUAAGUCCAAGUUUUAAUCUAGAAUUAAAAAAUAUUAACUUUCAAAGAGAUAAUAGAAAUAUAAAAUAAUUAAAAUCAAUCUGAAAACAAAAUAUGAAUAAUUUUAUCAACUAUGUGAAUUAAUUAAAAAUAUUUGUAUAAUUGGACGUACACAUUUGAAGUAACAGCAUAGUUAUUGCUUUGAGAAGACAAUGAGGAAGCAGAUUUGAGUGCGGAAAGUGUAGUAUAUGCAUAAGUAUGUUUGAUGAGUGCUAAAAUUCUGUAAAAUAAAACAAUAAAAGUAAUUGCAACCUUC